UCGUCUUUUUACUUAACAAGAUUUUAAGUUUCUUUUAAAUAUGAAAAGUUUGGAUGUCUCACAUACAAGUUUAAUUUUAACAUAAUUGAGAAUAAAGCUUCUUCGUAAAAAUCAUAUUUAAAAUACUACUACAACUUUUAGAAUUUUAAAUGUUGGCUAUUCGUUCGAAAAUACGUUUUUGAAAAAUUGUUAGUAUAAAUUGGAUCUACAAGAACAUAAAAUAAUUAAGAAUAGCAAGCAAUUAUAUAUAAUGGAUGCUUGUAAUCUUAUGAAUAAAAAGAAAGAACUAUCGGUUCUGUACGCUUUAUUUCCGGAAAUGAGUAACCUAUGUUGUGCAAUUUGCGAAAUUGAUAUUGUUGAAGUUCAUGAUCCAUCGGCAAAAUCACAUUUUUAUUGGCAAACAAUGAAAUGCCGAUUACUUAUUCAUUUAAUAUCUGACGUUAUUGCUUCACCAGUAAUGGGUACAGAAAGAUAUAUAUUUGUUAUAACGCAUAAACAAUUUACUGAAACUGGUAGAUUGGACAAAAUUUUGAGAAAUUUUAAACUAGUGUAUCAAGGAUUAAGAUCAGUUACUACAGAAGUUUAUAAAAGUUGCCUUAGGUAUACGAUACAAACUAAGAUAGCUCCUUUGUGGAAUAAAGUUGAUGAUUAUUUUGUUCAAGGAAAACAUUUUUAUAACUUUAUAGAAGGAACUAGAGCAUUAAAAUUAGAUAUACUUAUAGGGGAAAGGAAAAUGUAUUUCCAAUUUCAUGCAGAAAUACUUAAAAUUCCAUAUAUAAGACUUGAAGAUUAUCUUCCACCAUCUAUUAUAUCACAUUUUUUAGCAGACCCUAAAGGAUACGUUGAUUUAUCUCAUUAUAAUCUUCCAUUUGUACACGUGUUACCAAGUACAAAAAAAGGUAAACUAUUAUCUGUAUCUAAAGAACUUCCAGCAAAAUGUGCUUUCAAAGAUUAUGACCAAUUACGUAGACACUGGAAAAAUAUGGUAUAAACGACAAUAUCUAU